AUGGACGCGUAUGAGCAGGUCCGCAUUAUCGGCAAGGGCUCCUUUGGUGUUGUUACGCAGAUUGUACGCAAGGCCGAUCGCAAGAUGCUCGUGUGGAAGGAGGUCAAUUAUGGCGCAAUGAGCGAAAAGGAAAAGCAGCUUAUUGUCAGCGAGGUGAACAUUUUGAGAGAGUUGCGGCACCCGCAUAUCGUCCGCUACUUGGACCGAGUGAUUGACAAACAGGCUACUAGAAUUUACAUUGUCAUGGAGUUUUGUGAAGGCGGUGAUCUUGGGCAGUUCAUUAAGAGGAAAAAACGGGAAGGGUCCUAUAUCGAAGAAGGCUUUAUCUGGCACAUUUUUACGCACAUCUUUUUGGCAUUGAAGGAGUGUCAUCGCCACCGCGAAGGCAACGUCGUGCGUCCCAUUCUUCACCGUGAUAUCAAGCCUGGCAACAUUUUCCUAGACUCAAACAACAAUGCAAAACUUGGCGACUUUGGCCUUGCCAAGGAAUUAAGCAGUGAGUCUCGUUUUGCACAGACAAACGUUGGAACACCGUACUAUAUGAGCCCGGAGAUGGUGAAUGAGAUGACAUACGAUGACCGCUCUGACAUUUGGGCACUGGGGUGUUUGCUGUACGAAAUGGCUACCCUUGGCCCACCUUUCGAUGCGACUAACCAGCUAGCACUCGCCAAGAAAAUUAACGCUGGCAAAUUCACACGGAUUCCGUCGCAGUACUCAGAGGGACUGUUCCAGGUUAUUCGCUGGAUGCUUCACAGACAACGCUCUCGACGGCCGAGAAUCGAAGAUUUGGAACGUGUGCCACAGUUGCAACAAAGAUUACGUGCAUACUCGGCGGCUACGACGCCGCAACUAGCUGCUGAUCCAAAUUUGCAAACUUCCUAUAAUCAGAAGAUGAAAGAGCUUUUGGGAAUAGAGGAAGACUUGCGUCGACAGGAGGCUGCUUUAAUGGCUCGUGAAAAGAAGCUGAAAGAGCUGGAAGUUGACUACAUGCGUCGCGAAAGCGAGCUGAAGAAACGCGAGCAAAUGGUAGAGGUAAUGACGCGCAAGCUGUCUUACAACACUGGCAAGGUUGGAUCGCCAACAUCCGAUGACUCCAACUCCAGUGCAGACAACAAUUUUGGCCACGGAGGCCCACAGAGUCCCAAGCGGCGAGGAGACGUCAGCGGGGGCAGUCCAUUAAGUCGUGGUGGUCUUCAGUCGCAGCUUUCAGGAGAUUUAAAUGCAAAAGUGGCUGCAGAGGACGCUCAACCAAGAUCUCAGCGCGGCGGGGUUUAUCCUGCCAAAGGCCAGGGCAGCCCUUACGGUGGCCCUGCGGGCGACGUGAGCGCGUCUGUGCCGUCGUCAAACAGACUUCGUGACGCUCCUGAGCAAGUUGCGAAUUUGAUGAAGGGAAUGUGGAGGAAGAACAAUUAG